UCCGCUCCUUGUCCUCGUCCUGAGCCUCCUCCCGGCCUCGAAAAAGUUUUUUUCUUUCCCUUUCCUCGUUUCGGAGUUUUUUUGGUUUUCUUGCUUUUUGUAAUUUUUUUUUUUUAGCGUUUUUGCGCCGAUUAGAAGUAAUAAAAAGUUUUUUUGCGAGCCUCCUCUCCGCAGCCGGUGGAGACUUUGUUUCUCCGACUUUUUACUUUUUUUAACCCAUCCCUGCCCCUUAGCGCUUAACUUUUUAAUUUUUUUUUAUCAUCAAUUUUUUUUUUCGCCCCCUUGUUCCCCCUCGGCCGCUUUCUCGCAUGAAUCUCCUCGACCCUUUCAUGAAAAUGACAGAAGAACAGGACAAAUGUAUCUCCGACGCCCCCAGCCCCACCAUGUCGGAUGACUCCGCCGGCUCCCCCUGCCCCUCUGGAUCCGGCUCGGACACGGAGAACACCAGACCCCAAGAGAACACCUUCCCCAAGGGCGACCCGGACCUGAAGAAGGAGAACGACGAGGACAAGUUCCCGGUGUGCAUCCGGGAGGCGGUGAGCCAGGUGCUCAAGGGCUACGACUGGACCCUGGUGCCGAUGCCGGUGCGGGUGAACGGCUCGAGCAAGAACAAACCGCACGUCAAGAGACCCAUGAACGCCUUCAUGGUGUGGGCGCAGGCGGCCCGCAGGAAGCUGGCGGAUCAAUACCCGCAUCUGCACAACGCCGAGCUCAGCAAGACCCUGGGCAAGCUCUGGAGG